CGAUGAUCCGCGGGGGUUCCAACUUACUUUACCCUGGACCUCCUUUCGCCCUCCCCUUCAAGUUCAACCUCACCGCUGCCGUCUCCGCAUCUUCCCUUCUCCUCUUUCUCUGCAUCUUCUCUGCUCCCAUCUUCUGCCUCGAGACUUUCCACCUUUCUUUUUUGUAUAUUCUUCUUUGUUAGCCGCCUGCAUAAUCAUCCACCAUGGAGGAGAUUGCCCCCGAGUAUGAUGUUGUGGUGCUCGGCACUGGCUUGACCGAGUGUGUUCUCUCGGGUGUCCUCAGUGUCAAGGGAAACAAGGUGCUUCACAUCGAUCGCAAUGAUCACUACGGAGGCGAGGCUGCCUCGGUGAACAUUGAGACUCUCUUUAAGAAAUACGGCAACGUCCGCCCCGGCGAGGAGCCCUGGAAGAAGUAUGGUCGCGUCAACGACUGGAACAUCGACUUGGUCCCCAAGUUGCUCAUGGCCAACGGCGAGUUGACCAACAUCCUGGUUUCCACCGACGUUACGAGAUACCUCGAGUUCAAGCAGAUUGCUGGCAGCUACGUCCAGCAAGGAAAGGGCCCCAAGGCUACCGUGGCCAAGGUGCCUUCCGAUGCCGCUGAAGCUCUGCGUUCAUCUCUCAUGGGCAUGUUCGAGAAGCGCAGAGCCAAGAAGUUCUUGGAGUGGGUGGGCGAGUUCAAGGAGGAAGACCCCUCCACUCACCAGGGCCUGAGCAUUCACACCUGCACAAUGAAGGAGGUUUACGACAAGUUCGGUCUGGAGGACAACACCCGUGACUUUGUUGGCCACUCCAUGGCCCUGUACUCGUCCGAUGAAUACUUCCUGAAGGCGGGCAUGGCCCCUGAGACCAUCAACCGCAUCCGCCUGUAUGUGAACUCGAUGGCCCGCUACGGAAAGUCGCCGUACAUCUACCCCCUCUACGGUCUGGGCGAGCUUCCCCAGGGCUUUGCUCGUCUGUCCGCUAUCUACGGUGGUACUUACAUGCUCAACACCUCCGUUGACGAGGUCCUCUACGACGAGAGCGGCAAGGUCUCUGGCAUCAAGGCCACCAUGAAGGACCGUGACAACGAGGCCGAGUCCAUGUCGUUCACCACCAAGACCAAGAAGAUUCUCGCAGACCCCUCCUACUUCCCUGGCAAGGCCAGGAUCACUGGCUACCUGUUGAAGGCCAUUUGCAUUCUGAACCACCCCAUCGACAAGACCGACGGCAGCGACUCACUGCAGCUGAUCAUCCCUCAGUCGCAGGUCGGCAGAAAGCACGAUAUCUACAUUGCCAUGGUGUCCUCGGCACACAACGUCUGCCCCAAGGGAUACUACAUUGCUAUUGUCUCGACUAUUGCCGAGUCCGAUGCCAACCACCACCUGGAGUUGGAGGCUGGUUUCGAGCGCCUGGGUAAGAUUGAGGAGACCUUCUUUGGUUCCCCUAUUCCUCUGUAUGAGCCUCUCGAGAGCGGCGAGAAGGACAACAUCUUCAUCUCGAAGAGCUACGAUGCCACAUCCCACUUUGAGACCACAACCGAUGAUGUGCGGGACAUCUACCGUCGCGCGACGGGCGAGGAGUUGGUGGUUGAGGGUCUCCGAGAGGGCCAGAAGCUUGUGGAGGAGUAAGACCUCCGCGGAUCUAUAUUGGGGUAAAGUAAUAUCUUGACGCUACGGCGCUUUUGAAUCGAGUCACCUAAUUUCUUUUGGCUUUUCUACGCUCACGAAUCAUACCAUUAUUGGACUCGCACACUCCUUGGUCUGCAUUUGAGUAACGGGCUGCAUGUCGCCCGAUCAGUUGGUGUCUGGCAUCAUCACUGUGAAUAAACCUAUCUUAACUAGCGCAUUGUAGAAUUUUCGCUCUAUUGAUCCAAAGAUGUACAUACAAGCCAGCGGUAUCACCAAGCCAUUCCCUGGGACCGAAUCUAAAUUGCCGCCGGAUCUGUAUUCGCCUUCUCAUGCUCCGCCACUACACAAAUACCC